AAAUCAUUUUAAGCAAUAUAUAAACAUACGGACGCUUACUAAUCUAUCCUCUUAAUCGGCAGUGCAGCUAAGCCAGUGACAUUUCUAGGGUUUUCGCGUUCCUCUCUUGCACUGGACUCCAAGGCCUUGCAAAAUGACAAAGAGAACCAAGAAGGCCGGUAUUGUUGGAAAGUAUGGUACCCGAUAUGGUGCUAGUCUGCGUAAGCAGAUUAAAAAGAUGGAGGUCAGUCAGCACAGCAAAUACUUCUGUGAGUUCUGUGGAAAGUAUGCGGUGAAGAGGAAAGCUGUGGGAAUUUGGGGAUGCAAGGACUGCGGCAAAGUGAAAGCUGGAGGUGCUUACACUUUGAACACUGCAAGUGCUGUGACUGUCAGAAGCACCAUUAGGAGGCUGAGGGAGCAGACUGAGAGUUAAUUUGAUUGAUAAAAAUCUGUUGUUUCUUUUUCUUUUUUUUUUUUUUUCUGUUUUGAUAUAUGGAUCUGACUUUACCGCCUCGAGCAAAUGUUUUAAGUUGGAUUUUCCUUUUGGGAUAUUGGGUACUCUUGAAUCGAUUGAAACAGUUUUGGUGA